UUCUCGCCCAGGGCAACUUCUCCGCUCGCCACAGGUUGGGGCGAGGCCAGCCGGUCGACUUCGAGUCUCUGACGAAGGGAGAAGAGCCAAGAGCGCGCAGAGGCCGUCCCAAUAAUUUGUUAGUCUUGAAGUUGCUCUUGCCAAACGAGACUCCUUGGAGUUUUCGCUCGCAGGGCUGCGCUGCCCCUCUGGGAACAGCGAGCGAGCGAAGAUCGGCGGCGGCGCGGAAGAAACGAUCGCACCCACAGCCUCCUUGGGUCCCGUCUCCGGCAGCCGCGUCCUCUUCGCGUCGCUUCUCCCGGGGAUGCGCUGAUCUCUGCUGAGCCUCGGCAGGAAAGAGCACAUGGAGCGACCGGAGCCGCUCUGGGUGAACAGUAGCUGCGCCAACGGUUCAUUAUUAGCUCUGACAUGCCUUUCCGGGCAGACAUUCUGUCAAGUUGUUGGGAAUGUCAGCUCAACAGUCUUACCCCACAAUAAUAUCACCUUAAACACAAACUGGAUGGUACAGAUAGAAGACAAAUAUGGCUUCUACAUUGGCUUGGCCUUGGCCAUCUUCUCCAGCUUCUUGAUUGGCAGCAGCGUCAUCCUUAAGAAAAAAGGACUGCUUCGGCUUGUGGAGACAGGAGGCACCAGGGCAGGGGAUGGAGGCCAUGGCUACCUUAGGGACUGGCUGUGGUGGGCUGGCUUGCUGACCAUGGGUGGAGGAGAAGCUGCCAACUUUGCCGCCUAUGCCUUUGCUCCUGCAACAAUUGUUACUCCACUCGGAGCCCUGAGCGUGCUCAUAAGUGCCAUUUUGUCCUCGUACCUGCUUGGAGAGCGGCUGAAUCUCCUGGGCAAACUCGGUUGCAUGCUGAGCAUUGUGGGUAGUACAGUUCUUGUGAUUCAUGCUCCAGAAGAAGAGGAGGUCACUACUCUGGACGAAAUGGCCUCUAAACUGAAAGAGCCAGGUUUCCUUGCUUAUGCCAGCAUUCUGUUGGCGGUCUGCCUGGUUCUGAUUUUCUUCCUCGCCCCACGUUACGGCCAGACCAACAUUCUCAUCUACCUCACCAUCUGUUCUGUGAUUGGAGCAUUCUCAGUAUCUUCAGUCAAAGGACUAGGCAUCGCCAUUAAGGGCUUUUUUGCUCACUGGCCUGUUCUGAAGGACCCACUCACCUGGAUUCUUGUCCUCACAUUGGUGGCCUCUAUCACCACCCAAAUCAACUACCUCAACAAAGCUCUGGACAUUUUCAACACCUCUAUGGUUUUCCCCAUCUACUACGUGCUGUUUACCACCAUUGUCAUCACCACUUCAGUCAUCCUCUUUAAGGAGUGGGUCACCAUGUCUGUGGUGGACAUCAUUGGGACGGUCUGUGGGUUCCUCACCAUUAUUUUAGGGGUCUUUUUACUCCAUGCCUUCAAAGAUAUGGACAUCAGUUUGAGGAACCUGCCACAAACCCUUCAAAACGCUGACGAGGCCCCAGCCGUCAAGGACGACAAGAACAUCCUGAUAGAGCUGGAUAAUCCAGAAAUCAAGGCUGACAACAAACCCAAAGUAUUCAUGAUCUACAGCUGAAACCUAAUAGCAACAAUCCUGCAGCUGCAGGAACUUGGAUUGAACUGUGUGUAGGUAAUACAGGCAUGUGCUAUAUUUUGCAUUAAUGGGUACGCAUACGCAUCUUCUGAGAAAUAGCAACCAAGUUGAAUACCGUGAACUAGCUCUCUCACGUUUUGUCUCAGUAACCUUUCCCCCCCAUCCUUUGGAAUUUCACCGCACACCCCAUACUCAGGAAUUGCCUUGACUGCUUUGACUGUGCCUGCCUCAGACAAGCAGGUUUUCAUUAAUCAUUUGGGGGUGGGGGUGGGGAUUGGUUCCAUCUGUGGUUGAAGUUGCUUCUUGGCCCCUUUGCAUGACGUUGUCUCCUCCAACGUGAUCUUCCCCUCAGAGGCUAUACUGAGGUGCUGUGAGGCCACAAAGAGCAUUCAGAUUUGAAGUCCAUGACCUGUGAAACUUCAGGGAAAGUUCUUGUGGCCUUUUUCAACCCUGAGUACUCAGUCCUCUACUGAAAGUGUUAACAGAAAAUAACUUAAGUCAUUCUUCUGAUGAGCCAAUUAGAUCAGAUAUAUCAAGCUAUGCUAGGACUCUUUCCCCAGACAACUAGCUUUCUGUUGUUGCCUGACAAUUCCUGAUGAAGGGGUGAUUGCACCAUCGUGCGAUUGCCUCAUCUGUACGCUAAAGAGGGAACAAUUUCACUGGGACAAUAUCUCAUGCGUCUUUCUAUCUAUGCAUACUACCUUUUAGUGCCUUUUUGGUCUUCCACUGUUAUUCUGCUUAAAAGUGGAUGGAGUUAACCCAUUAACCUAUUGCCCUGAUAGUGCGGCAACUGUCUUACAGUUCCAAUGUGUAUCAAGAGGACAAUUCUGAUAGUGGUCCCAUUUCUUGUACUAUAGUGCCUAUGUAAUAAUGUAUUAUGAAAAGGCAUAACAGCCAGUGCAAAAUUGUGAAAUACGCUUCAUCCCUUGUAAACUUCUGGUAAGACAAAAUGCUGUUUAUAUUUCUGUUAGCUUCUGCCAUUAUACCAAAGGGUCAGCCAUCUAACCAAGGGUGCUUGAGAACCUUUUGCCUUACAGUGUACAUACAACCAUAAGGAGAAUCAGUCAAGUGCAGUAUUCAUUCCUGUGGUGGUAAGAAUCUUGUCCAUGCGCCCAGUUUUUGGUUGCAGGAAGAUGAUGCAGUUCUCCUCGCCACAAGCAGCAUACUUCUCAUGCAACAUGCUUGGUUGCACAUUGGGUGCACUUGGGCUCAGUACCCAUGUUACUCUGACGACUUGACAGCUGCCAGGGAAACAUGAAAAGCCCUGGCCCACACCCAAGGAACCCAUGUUUAAAAGCUAGGGCUUUAAACAUGAUAGAUAUGAGAGACUGGUGUUGUGAUGUAAAUAUUAUUAGCCAAUAGCCCUCCAUGUUCAAAAGUGCCUUAAGUACCAGAAUGAUGGUGGUAUCUCAUGAGUUCUGUUUGGGGUACUGUGUUACGCCAUGAUUAAAGGGUGGGGGCAGCAUGCUAGUUAUGUUCUUAAUAAGAUUUGUAAGUGGCUAUAACCAUUAGUGUUUAUU